AUGAGUGUCGCCGAAUAUGAAAUCCAGUUCACAAAGCUAUCCCGCUUUGCACCUGAGUUGAUAGCCACCGAGCAAAGGCGUGUUCGGAGGUUUGUGCAGGGUUUGAAUGUGGAACUACAGGAAAGUUUAGCCGCCGUAAGGAUAGAUACUUUCGCAGAUGCUGUCGAAAGAGCUCAGAGAGUUGAAGUAGCUAGAGCUCAAGUGAAAUCUUUUCAAGCUAAGAAAAGAUUUGCCCCCAGCAGUAGUCGAGAGCCGACGUAUGGAAGUACUCCACCGGCUAAAGUGGGCCGAGGUACAGGUGGAGUGACUAGUCCCGGAGCACCGCGAGGUGCAUUAGCAAGGGGAACCGGGGCAAGGAAUGCAGGGGGAAGAAACAAUGGAAUUAGAGGGGGACCGAUUGGAAGAGCACAACCUAGGAAUACCUCGCAAGGAGGCCGAGCCAUAAUUCCCCAAAUGACUUGUGCAUAUUGUAAGAAACCUGGUCAUAUUAUGGAUAGCUGCUGGAAGAAUCAAGGAAAGUGCUUGAAAUGCGGAAGUAGCGAGCACCAAAUUUCUGGAUGUCCAAAAAUGCAGGGAGGGACUACUUCGAACGCUAGAUCAAACACUUCUGGAGGGAGCCGGCCGACAGUUCCUGCCAGAGUGUAUGCUAUAGGUGACCAACCUGUACCUGAUUCCUCGGAAGUGGUGGAAGGUACACUUCCGAUUUUUCAUCGAUUAGCUAAAGUGUUAAUUGACCCUGGUGCAACCCAUUCAUUCGUAAAUCCAUCCUUUAUGUCUGGAAUAGAUGUGCAACCUGUUAGAUUACCCUUCGAUCUUGAAGUUAGGACACCCAUGGGUAAUAAGAAUGUAAUCACUAGUUUGGCUUAUAAGAAUUGUGAAUUCUGGAUUGGAGAGCGUAAAAUGCUAGUGGAUCUGAUCAGUCUGGACAUAAAAGGUUAUGAUGUUAUAAUAGGAAUGGAUUUUCUAGGCCAUUAUCAUGCUAAACUUGACUGCCGAGCGAAAGUGGUGGAAUUUUGUAUACCUGGUGAAGCAACCCUGAGGUUAGAUGUCAAGGGUAGGUUAGCAUCAUCUGCUAUGAUCUCAGGAAUCCGAGCAAGGAAAAUGUUGUUUAAAGGAGCGCAAGGUUUCUUAGCCUUCUUGAUAAACGCCCCCAGUGAUCAAGUGAAGCUGGAGGAUGUACCAGUGGUACGGGAAUUUUCGGAUGUUUUUCCCGAAGAGUUAAGGACUCUACCGCCGGAAAGAGAAGUGGAAUUUAAGAUUGACUUGAUGCCUGGAACGGCUCCAAUUUCUAAGACCCCAUAUCGAAUGGCUCCUGCCGAGCUAAAAGAAUUGAAAAUUCAAUUACAGGAUCUGUUGGAGAAGGGCUUUGAAGAUAUACCUAAGACUACUUUUAGUACGAGAUAUGGACAUUUUGAGUUUGCAGUCAUGCCUUUUGGAUUAACCAAUGCACCAGCUGCUUUCAUGGACCUGAUGCAGAGAAUUUUUAAGAAGUAUCUGGAUCAGUUUGUAGUGGUUUUCAUAGAUGAUAUCCUGAUUUACUCUAAGACUCGAGAGGAGCAUGCUAAGCAUUUAGAGGUGGUUUUGCAGAUACUAAGAGAACAUAAGCUGUAUGCCAAAUUCAGCAAGUGUGAGUUUUGGUUGACUGAAAUAUCUUUUCUAGGGCACAGAGUUUCUGAAGAUGGAAUUGCCGUGGAUCCGGCAAAAGUUGAGGCCAUUAUGAAUUGGAAACAACCAGAAACUCCAACUGAAGUUAGAAGUUUCUUGGGUUUAGCAGGUUAUUAUAGGCGAUUUAUCCAGGAUUUCUCGAAGAUUGCAGGACCUAUGACUGAGCUAACCAAGAAAGGAGCCAAGUUUGUCUGGACUCCGAAGUGCGAGUCAAGUUUUCAAGAACUAAAGAAGCGGUUAACAUCCGCUCCCGUUUUGGUUUUACCCGAUGGAGGUGAAGGUUAUGUUGUAUAUUCUGAUGCUUCCAGAGAAGGUCUGGGAUGUGUCUUAAUGCAAAUGGGUAAGGUAGUUGCCUAUGCUUCUAGGAGAUUGAAACCCCACGAACAAAACUACCCAACUCAUGACCUAGAACUAGCCGCAGUAAUUUUCGCCUUGAAGAAAUGGAGACACUACUUGUACGGCGUGACUUUUGAAGUUUAUACGGACCAUAAGAGCCUCACGUACUUGUUCUCCCAAAAGGAGCUGAAUUUGAGACAAAGGCGAUGGGUAGAAUUUCUGGAAGAUUAUGAUUGCUCGAUUAAUUACCAUCCAGGAAAAGCCAAUGUGGACUCCUUGGGGACCAAGUUGAAGUUUAGUACUGCGUACCAUCCCCAAACCGACGGGCAGUCGGAAAGGACAAUUCAAACUCUGGAGGAUCUACUGAGGAAAUAUUAUCCUGAUCCAAGUCACGUGUUGCCACUAGAAGGAAUUGAGGUGGAUGAGACAUUAACGUAUGAAGAAGGACCGGUCAGGAUUUUGGAGAGAGAAAUGAAGGAACUGAGAAAUAAGGAAAUUCCUCUGGUAAAGAUUCUAUGGAAGAAUCAUGGACUGGAGGAAGCGACUUGGGAAUUAGAAGAAGAAAUGCAGAACAAGUACCCUGAUUUAUUUCUCUAG